GAGGGGCGGCGGCGGCCGAGCCGGGUUCCCUUUGUUCAGCCGUUUCGGGGGCCGGAGCAGCGCCGCCGGAGCUGUGGAGGGAGAGGUCGGGCCGCUCCCUCGCCACUCCCCUGCCGCCGGGCUCUGGGAUGGUGUGGGCUCCUGCCAGUGUGGGACGCACCGGGGAAAGGCGGACGGCGGCGCCGGCGGCGCCGAGGCGGCCUGGGCGGGCGGAGCCGUGCCCGGCGCUAGGACCCAGCAGGACGCGAGGCGGCUCUUCGGGCCGGAUCACAAAUUCGUCGUGACUCAGUCUCUGCUCAGCGCGGAGGCAGCGGGAGCAGACAGCCAAGAUGGAGUACGAGUGGAAGCCUGACGAGCAGGGGCUCCAGCAGAUCCUGCAACUGCUCAAGGAGUCCCAGUCUCCGGACACCACCACGCAGAGAGCCGUGCAACAAAAACUAGAACAACUCAAUCAGUAUCCAGAUUUCAACAACUACCUGAUUUUUGUUCUUACAAAGUUGAAGUCUGAAGAUGAGCCAACACGUUCCUUGAGUGGUCUAAUCUUGAAGAAUAAUGUAAAAGCACAUUUUCACAACUUUCCGAAUGGAGUAACUGACUUCAUUAAAAGUGAAUGUCUGAACAACAUUGGUGAUUCCUCCCCCUUAAUUAGAGCUACUGUAGGCAUUCUGAUAACAACCAUUGCCUCAAAAGGGGAGUUACAGAAUUGGCCUGAACUCCUGCCAAAGCUUUGCAGCCUGUUGGAUUCUGAAGAUUACAAUACCUGUGAGGGUGCUUUUGGUGCUCUUCAGAAGAUUUGUGAAGAUUCCGCUGAAAUUUUAGAUAGUGAUGUGUUGGACCGGCCACUCAAUAUCAUGAUACCUAAGUUCUUGCAGUUCUUCAAGCACAGCAGCCCAAAAAUACGGUCUCAUGCAGUGGCAUGUGUCAAUCAAUUUAUCAUCAGCAGAACUCAAGCUCUUAUGUUGCACAUAGAUUCUUUUAUUGAGAAUCUUUUUGCGCUGGCUGGUGAUGAGGAGCCUGAAGUACGCAAAAAUGUUUGCCGUGCUCUUGUAAUGUUGCUGGAAGUUCGAAUGGAUCGCCUCCUUCCUCAUAUGAUUAGUAUAGUUGAGUACAUGCUUCAAAGGACCCAGGACCAAGAUGAAAAUGUGGCUCUGGAGGCAUGUGAAUUUUGGCUGACUUUGGCUGAACAGCCAAUUUGUAAAGAGGUAUUAUGUCGGCAUCUUACUAAGCUGAUACCUGUGCUGGUAAAUGGUAUGAAAUACUCAGAGAUUGAUAUUAUUCUUUUGAAGGGGGAUGUUGAAGAAGAUGAAGCUAUUCCUGAUAGUGAGCAGGAUAUAAGGCCUCGUUUCCAUCGUUCGAAGACGGUGGCUCAGCAACAUGAAGAAGAUGGUAUUGAAGAUGAUGACGAUGAUGAUGAUGAACUUGAUGAUGAUGAUACUAUUUCUGACUGGAAUUUAAGGAAAUGUUCUGCUGCUGCUCUAGAUGUCCUAGCUAAUGUAUUUCGUGAUGAACUUCUACCACACAUCUUGCCACUGUUAAAGGAAUUGCUCUUCCACCCCGAGUGGGUAGUUAAAGAAUCUGGUAUCCUUGUUCUUGGCGCAAUUGCUGAAGGCUGCAUGCAGGGUAUGAUUCCAUAUCUUCCAGAGCUAAUCCCUCACCUUAUUCAGUGCCUCUCUGACAAAAAGGCUCUUGUGCGCUCCAUUACAUGCUGGACUCUUAGUCGCUAUGCACACUGGGUAGUUAGUCAACCCCCAGACACAUACUUGAAGCCAUUAAUGACUGAGUUGCUGAAGCGUAUCUUGGAUAGCAACAAGAGAGUACAAGAAGCUGCCUGCAGUGCCUUUGCUACUCUAGAAGAGGAGGCUUGUACAGAGCUUGUUCCUUAUCUUGCAUAUAUACUUGACACUUUGGUCUUCGCAUUUAGUAAAUACCAGCAUAAAAACCUGCUCAUUCUUUAUGAUGCUAUAGGAACUCUAGCAGAUUCUGUAGGACAUCAUCUGAAUAAACCAGAAUAUAUUCAGAUGCUAAUGCCUCCAUUAAUCCAGAAGUGGAACAUGCUGAAGGAUGAAGAUAAAGAUCUCUUCCCUUUAUUAGAGUGCCUGUCGUCAGUUGCUACUGCCUUGCAAUCUGGCUUUCUUCCAUACUGUGAACCUGUGUACCAGCGUUGUGUAAAUCUGGUGCAGAAGACACUUGCACAAGCCAUGUUGCAUAAUGCUCAGCCAGACCAAUAUGAGGCUCCAGAUAAAGAUUUCAUGAUUGUGGCUCUUGAUUUACUCAGUGGUUUAGCUGAAGGACUUGGAGGCAACAUUGAACAGCUAGUGGCUCGCAGCAAUAUCCUGACACUAAUGUAUCAAUGCAUGCAGGACAAAAUGCCUGAGGUACGGCAGAGUUCUUUUGCAUUGUUAGGUGACCUGACAAAGGCAUGUUUUCAGCAUGUUAAACCUUGCAUCGCUGAUUUCAUGCCAAUUUUGGGAACCAACCUAAACCCUGAAUUCAUUUCUGUGUGUAAUAAUGCCACCUGGGCAAUUGGAGAAAUCUCUAUUCAGAUGGGUAUAGAAAUGCAGCCUUAUAUUCCAAUGGUCUUGCACCAGCUUGUAGAAAUAAUUAACAGACCCAACACACCAAAGACGUUGUUAGAGAACACAGCAAUAACAAUUGGUCGUCUUGGUUACGUUUGUCCUCAAGAGGUGGCCCCCAUGCUACAGCAGUUUAUAAGACCCUGGUGCACCUCUCUACGAAAUAUAAGAGACAAUGAGGAAAAGGAUUCAGCGUUCCGUGGGAUAUGUACCAUGAUUACGGUCAACCCCAGUGGAGUAGUCCAAGACUUUAUUUUUUUUUGUGAUGCUGUUGCAUCAUGGAUUAGCCCAAAAGAUGAUCUUCGAGACAUGUUCUGUAAGAUUCUUCAUGGAUUUAAAAAUCAAGUUGGGGAUGAGAAUUGGAGGCGUUUCUCUGACCAGUUUCCUCUUCCCUUAAAAGAGCGCCUUGCAGCUUACUAUGGAGUUUAACCUCAUGCACUGUAGCUGCAGUCCCAUAAUUAGAGAGAGAGAAGGAAAGAAAGAAAAACUGAGUCUAUGAUACACACAUUAGUUUAUCAAGAAAGUUGAAAGUAUAGCUAUGACAAAAUGCUGGUUCAAGUUUAAUAAGCAAAGUGAUGAAUAUGAUCCUCAAGUCAUCAUACUAAAGACACAGGCUACCUUAUAUGUUAUGAAUUAAUAGAUGGCAGAUGUGGUCUAAGGGAAUACUCUCCUAGGAUAAGAAAACAGGUUUGUUAACACACCAGCUGUGAGAAGUCUAAUGGCCUUCUAACUACAUACUAAAAGAUAUUUCCACUGAAUAAAGAAUGCUGUGCUAAUAA